CCAAAAUCGAAUAUUCGUCCACUUCGGACGAGAUCGAAUAGGCACAUUCUUGUAGCAAUUGUACGCAGUGUUGACUGGACUAUAGGCCAUUACUUCGAUAUUUUAAAAACGUUUACAUUUUCAAUUCAUUUGAUACAUUCUGUCCUCUUUGCUCUUCUCCCUUGUUCUGCAACGCUAAUCUCAAAUUUCAUACAUUACAGGUCUUCAUAAUCAAAGACCUAAAACAAGGAUGAGGCUGUCUCAAAUGUCUGAAAUAGCUCCUUAAAUCACCUCCAAAGGUUAGCGCUAAGUCUCCAAGAUAUGUCUAAAGCUCCAGAUUGCAGCUUAUACCCUUUGCACCGCUGCAAAAUUCUGCACAUGGUAAGGCAUGCACAGGGCUAUCACAAUGUAGCUGGAGAAAAAGACCAUAAAGCAUACUUGUCCUAUGAAUUUGUCGAUGCAAGCCUCACUCCUUUGGGAUGGCAGCAGGUUGACAAUCUUCGUAGGCAUGUUACUAAUAGCGGGAUUGCAUCUGGGAUUGAGUUGGUUGUGACUUCUCCUUUGACAAGGACUAUGCAAACUGCAGUAGGUGUUUUUGGUAGUGGAAGCUAUAUAGAUGCUGAUUUAUCUCCUCCAUUAAUGGUUGCUGGUGGUGGCAAGAGUGAUCAUAAUGCAAUUUCAAGUUCAAACUGUCCACCUUUUGUAGCUGUGGAAUAUUGUCGAGAAAUGAUGGGACUACAUCCAUGUGACAAGAGGAAAAGCAUCAGCGAGUAUAAGACCCUUUUUCCUGGCAUUGAUUUUUCUAUGGUAGAAACAGAUGAAGAUGUUUUGUGGAAGCCAGAUACUAGAGAAAAAGACAAUGAAGUUGCAGCUCGUGGAAGAGCUUUCAUUAACUGGUUAUUGACACGAAAGGAAAAAGAAAUAGCAAUUGUUUCACAUAGUGCAUUUUUCAUAUACGCUUUGGCCCUCUUUGGAGAGGAUUGUCAUCCCUUAGUUAGAAAUGAGAUUCGCAAACCAUUUGCUAAUUGUGAACUUCGAUCAUUUGUUGUCUCGGACAGAAGUGCCAUUGGUACUAGCGUGCCUGUAACAAAUUUUUCAGGGCACAUUCCUCCUGUUCCUGAUGUCCCUAAUCACGAUGAUGGUGAAAAGAAUAUGGAGAAUGAACAUACCUAGCUUCAAAAUAAUCAGAAUACUACAAAAAAAAAAUUUUUGCAUGAACAGAUUGGUACCAACAUAUAUGCCACUUGUUGAACACAAAAAAAAACCAAGAGAAGGAAUACUUUGGCUGGAAGAAGACUUACCAGUGUUGAGAGGCAAAGAACUCUUGACAUUUUUUAAUUGUGAUUAAAUCAAAUUGCUGUAAUGCAGAUGCGCAGCCAAAUUCGACACAAAGGAGAAGGAAAGCACAAAUUAAAAUCUGUUCUUUAAAAAAAUAAAAUCAUAGCCAUAUUUGUGAUGACCGGCCUUUAACUCGUGGACGCAAGUUUUUAAUUUUAAGAUUAAAUAAGCACCUCGUAAGCUGUUCUUCUUCUUCUUAUUUAUUAUUAAUAUUUAUGUGAUAAUACUAUUGCACUAUUGUUAUUACAUAUAUAUGGAAAGAGAUCUACUAUUGAUUUUAACCUUCAAUUUGAGAGGCAAUUUCAAAAUUCA